CAGCUAUCGAUUGUAAUCUUCUAAAAUGCUUUAAUGAAAUCCUCUAUUUAUACUCAGUUAUGUUUUUGCUUAUGAACGACUAUUUGGAUACUGUUAUUCUAUUUAUACUUUAAUAGCACUUUUUGCUGAGAGUUUGAGAAGCCAAAAUAAAUUUUACAAGUAUUGUUUUCUACAACUGAAAUUUCCUUAUACUUGUUUUUCCUGGGAAAAGAAUUCGAGCAUUUUCUUGAUCCAUCGACGCAGCGAAUAAAAGAAACGAAUAAUAAUAUUUGCUUCGGAGGAAGAAAUGGAGAAUAAAUCCUCAAAUCAAGAGUCAGUAUUAAAAGAUACCAGCAACAUGAAGUUGCUGGCAAGUCCUGGCACAGAAGAUUUGAAUUUGCACUAUGCGAAGCAAGAUAUAAAAAAAUUACCAUUGAAAAAGGAACCUGAAAACGAACUAUUAGAUUCUCAAAUGCUCGAUCCAACAAAUUUUAUCAUUCAGGAUUUAGAUUGGAAUUUCAACUCAGCUAAAAAGAGAAGGAAAAAGAAGUUGAUUAAUGACAAUCUGUCUCUUACACGUGAUGAGGUUUCUAUGAAAACUGAUUUUUCCAAUCAAGAGCUACCAGACACAAUCAAAGCAGAAUUGAUGCCAAAUACUGACAGAACAGAAUUAACAGAUAUGACGUUGAAACAUGAACAGAAAACUUUAAAAAAGACAACAACCAACGAAUCAUUAAAUUCCAAGACGCUUGAUCCAAAGUCUGAAGAUACUUUUAACAUUCAGGAUUUGGAUUUCAACAUGCUCAAAAAGAAGAGAAGAAAAAAAACUGGAGGGGGCAAUUUGUUCGUCGACGAUGAUCAGUUGAAAACCGAUUCUUAUGAUUUAUCCAGUAACACAGGAGAUACAGAUUAUAAUUACGAAGACUUACUAAGCCGAAUAUACAACAUCAUUUGUGCGAAAGACCCAAAAAGCAAAUCGGACAGUCAAAAGAGUAUAAUAAUGAGACCUCCUCAAGUUAUACGAAUUGGAACAAGAAGAACUUCUUUCACUAAUUUUUUGGACGUUUGCAAAACUCUUCAUCGGAGCCCUCAACAUUUGCACACCUUCAUCCUCGCUGAACUUGCUACGAGUGCCUCCAUCGAUGGCAACAAUCAACUGAUUAUUAAGGGCAGAUUCGAACAAAGACAAAUCGAAACUGUUUUGCGACGUUACAUAAAAGAGUACGUGACUUGUCGUGCAUGCCAUUCCUUUGACACGAUGCUUCAAAAGGAUUCAAGACUGUGUUUCUUGCACUGCGAAUCAUGUGGAUCUAGGUGGGCUGUAGCAAGUAUUAAAUCUGGUUUCCAAGCUGUCACAAGCAAACGAGCUGCAAUAAGAGCCAAAGUUAACUGAUAAUACCAUUACUUAGUAUUACUUUUUCUUCCUUUACUGUCAAAGUUUGGUAUUUAAAAACUUUUCAUUCUUUAUCCACUACAACUAAUUAAUUAAUGUGUGGAGAAAUUACUUCAUACAACACAAGUGAACAUUUUACACCUUUUGGAUGAAAUUUUUUUCAGACAAGACCGUUGCUUAGCAACACUAGAUGAACGGAGAUAAUCAAAAAAUUUCAUCAAAAUUUUCGCAGUUGCCUAGGAACGCUGAAAAAUUUCACAAAUUCAAACUUGAUCAAUGAUUUUUAGCAAAAUGCCAUUUAAAUACAGCUGAAUGUUCCUUUAUGAGAGGAGCAUAUUAAAAAAAUAGUCCUAGGAAAUAAAUGUUUUGUUCCAUUUAUACAAAUAUUCGAUUUCGCCUACUUAGGGGGAGAGCGUCCUAAACCACAUUUACGUCAUAUGGAGACGAAAAGCAAUAACAAAUCCCACGGUUGACUUGAAGGCCAGAAUUAGAACAGGCCAGUCAUCGCUGAGAUUCAAACCUGGGUCACCUCAUUGGGAUCUAUCCUCCGAGUUAACAUUAUCUUAAUUGUAAAACCCAGGAAUAAUUUCUAAUUAAUAUUUAAUUAAUUAAUAAUUAUUUCUGACACUAAUGUAAUAUUUUUGAUGUUUUAAAUUCAGGCUGUGGGGAUUUGAAAUCUAAAAUUAGUUUUUCUCCAAAAUCUCCAGAUUUUUUUAAAUGACGUUUUUAAUCUACUUUUUACGAAAUAUACAAAAUUAAGAACGUUAUAAGGGGAGCAUAAACUCAGGGGAAGAUAGGGCACAUCAUCAUGAUUAAAAUUGCAUAGCACCCCAUGCCCGGAAAUGUCAUUGUAAGCGGCUGAAGGCAUUUCCCUGUUAAGGCCUGUUCAAGCACACGAAAAAACAGUUCAUAACAAGGAAGCGCCCCUAGCAGCGUAUGACGACGUUCCCGGGCAUGGACUCCUGGACAGUUUUGAUCCUGAUGAUAUGCCUUUACUCUCCUAGAUGCUUGUCGCAACAUUUAAGCGACCCCCUGUUAUACAUAACGUUUUUAAACUUGUACAUUUAAACAAAAUUAGAUUAAAAAUGUUAUUUUUAAAAAAUUGUAGAUUGGAGAGAGAAAUUAAUUGCAGAUUUGAAAUCAGCGACGUGUAAAUAUCUAAGAUAUGUAAAAAAAAUUCAUGCAACAAAACAUAAAAAAAUUUUUAUUCCUCAGUGUAAUCUCAGUGAAAAGAUUCUUUUGUCGUCAUUAAGGGAACAGAACAAAUUUAUUCCAAAAAAGUAGUGGAUAGAGUUAUUUUUAAAAAUAAAAUUCACAUGAUCUAACAUUGUAUUUUAAGCACACAAAGAAUGUAUGUAAAUAUAAGCCAUUAUGGAACUUGUUUGUUUAUUUAUUAUUAAUUUAAAAUAUUGCAUACAUUUGCUCUCAUCUUUUAAUUGUAAAACUUUCUGUUGUUUUAUUUUGUAUGAGUGAUUUUGUUUUAUUUAUUUGCCUAUG